AUCGUUUUCCCACCAUUCAUUUUCCCCAUAGUGGAUUUUUAGAAACAUUUCAAAUAAGAGCUGUGAUUUGUGUAGGCUUACCCAAGCGUGACGUCUUGAUCUCUCUACGUUGCCUUUUAUAAAUAUUGUAACGACCCUGGGUUUAUAAGCGCGGAAAUCGACUCUGCCGCACGAGCAUGCUUUUGCGGCACAGUCGGUAGCGCGCCGGACCUCGGGCUAGAAGGUCGAGGGUUCGAGACCUGCUCCCUGCUGUUUCAUUACAAUAUAUUCACCACCCCAAAAAUAAAUGCUUAUUAUCUGCUAAUAGGGCUAUCAUUUAAAAAAAACUACAAAUGCCAUGAUGAUCUGGACGAGACUACCAAAUCAAAGCAAUGGUAAGAAUCUCUGGAUUAACUAUCUGUUAGCUAAAUUUAGUAAUCAAUAAAUUGGCACAAAAAAUUUAUAUAUUGACAAUUCUGUGAAUGGUCUUGUGCAAGUUUUAAAUUGACACAAUACCUGUUAGCAAAGGCGUCAGCUAGAGAUGUCUACUUUAAUGCUAAUUAGCAUUUUUGAAUCUGAGAGUAAAUAGAGACGAUAUAUUGAUAAGAGUCACCUUGUCUGAGAGAGUUAUCAAAGCAUCAUGCCAGGGUAAGCCUACGCCCCUAUUUGAAGUGUUCCUGAAGUCCCUUAUGGGAAAAAAAUUAAUGGUGGAAAUACAAUUGGAACUGUUUCCCUGUUUGACCGCUAGGUUUUAUGGGUAUUAUGAAACCUCCACUGUGGGGCUCUAUAUCUUGUGAGGCCCGAUUAUUUAGUUGUCAGGAAAUGUCAAAUUAUUAAAUUACAUAUGAUAAAUGCACUGAGGAAUAAACCAACCCUUCCCAAGGCGCCCACUCUCCAGGAUGGACUUUCCCUGGCACAGUGGCAAGGUUUUGGAACAGCUCAAUCACCAGCGUCAGCUGGGCCUGCUUUGUGACUGUACCUUUGUGGUGGAUGGGGAGGACUUCAAGGCCCACAAGGCUGUGCUGGCUGCCUGCAGCGCCUACUUCCGCACCCUCUUCCUGGACCAGAAGGAUGUGGUGCACCUGGAUAUUAGCAACGCAGCAGGUCUGGGCCAAGUCCUUGAGUUCAUGUACACGGCCAAGCUGAGUCUGAAUCCUCAGAAUGUGGAGGAUGUGGUGGCGGUGGCCACGUUCCUGCAGAUGCAGGAGAUAGUCAAUGCCUGUUCUGCCUACCAGUCUUUGGCAGUCUCCACAUCCCAGACAACACAAUACUUAAUUGACCACAAGAUUGAGGAAGGAGAGCAAAACACGGAGAAGGAGCCGUCAGAGACAAGGUCACAUGAUGAGGAAAUCCCAAGCCCCUCAGCAGAGGAUGAAGGGCCAAAGGGCGUUCAGGAGGACCCGAAGGAGAACACCCUGGAAGAUGGCCAGAUUUCCAGGAAAACCCCAGACGAACAGACCCCGGGGAGAGGAAGACCCCCCAAAACCUCCACCUUCGCCACACAGAGAAAAGCUGCAGCUGAAAGUGAGGAGGUGGAGAGCACCGCCAAAGAUGUGCCUGAGUUUCAGGAUGACCCCUCGGAUGCGGACUACACGCCCAAGUUGCCAUUCAAGUCUGCAGCCUGUAGGUCUUACAUGAGCACCAGGAGAAGAAGGACACGGAGAGCUCCUCGACGCAACCUCUCACAGGAUAAUGACUCCAAUGAGGGGAGUAGCGCACCAAAGACAGUAAAUGAAGAGAAAAAAGAGGUGGAUGAGGGCGAGCUGGAGGAGGAGGAAGAGGAGGGAGGUGGUGAAGAAGAAGAAGUAGAAGAGCAGGAGGAUGAAGGAGAUGAGGGAGAAGACAGCCAGGGGACAGAGAGCGGAGAGGAGAGGAAGCAGCUACGGUUGGGUGCUGUCACCGACCGCACCGAGUCACGGUCCUACGGCUCUGUGACUCACAAGUGUGAGGACUGUGGAAAGAAGUUCACCCACACGGGGAACUUCAAGAGACACAUUCGCAUUCACACAGGAGAGAAACCUUUCAGCUGCCGUGACUGCCACAAGGCCUUCUCAGACCCGGCUGCCUGCAAGGCUCACGAGAAAACACACAGCCCCCUGAAACCUUACUGCUGCUCCUCAUGUGGGAAGAGCUACCGGCAGAUCAGCCUGCUCAACUUGCACCGGAAGCGUCACACGGGCGAGGCCCGAUACAGUUGCAGAGACUGCGGCAAGCUCUUCACCACGUCUGGCAACCUGAAGCGCCACAUGCUGGUGCACAGCGGCGAGAAGCCGUACCACUGCGACUACUGCGACCGGGCCUUCUCCGACCCCACUGCCAAGAUGCGCCACCUGGAGACCCAUGAUGCCGACAAGGGCCACAGGUGUCCGCACUGCGACAAGCGGUUCAACCAGACUGGGAAUCUAAAGGCUCACCUGAAGAUCCACAUCACAGACGGCCCUCUGAAGUGUAAAGAGUGUGGCAAACAGUUCACCACCUCAGGGAAUUUGAAGAGACACCUGCGUGUUCACAGUGGGGAGAAGCCCUAUAUCUGUAUGCACUGCCAGAGAGCUUUCUCCGACCCCGGGGCACUACAGAGACACGAGCGCAUACACACAGGGGAGAAGCCGUGUCUGUGUCUGAUCUGUGGGAAGGGGUUCACCCAGGCCAGUUCACUCAUCGCUCAUGUCCGCCAGCACACCGGAGAGAAGCCCUAUGUCUGCGACCGAUGUGGCAAAAGGUUUGUCCAGUCCAGUCAGCUGGCCAAUCACAUCCGUCAUCAUGAUAACAUCCGGCCACACAAGUGUCACAUCUGUAACAAGGCGUUUGUCAACGUUGGGGAUCUCUCCAAGCAUAUCAUCAUUCACACAGGAGAGAAGCCCUUCCUGUGUGACAAGUGCGGCCGUGGGUUCAACCGCGUUGACAACCUGCGCUCCCACGUCAAGACCGUCCACCAGGGUAAGGCCGGGAUGAAGCGCCUGGUGGUUGCCGGGGGCGACAGCGACGACGGGGGUGACGGGUUUCACGGUGGGUCGGCCUCAGAGAUGGACGACAACGAGAUCAACAUCGUCACCGUCACCACUGAGGACAUCGUCACCCUGGCGACAGGGGCCCUGGCUGGCAGCUCUGUGGCCCAGCUGACAGUGGUGCCUGUGGCUUCAUCGGUCUCAGCAGACGAGACGGAGGCUCUAAAAGCAGAGAUCACCAAGGCUGUGGAGAAGGUGCAGGAAGCAGACCCCAACACUCAGAUCCUGUAUGCGUGCGACUCGUGCGGUGACAAGUUCCUGGAUGCCAGUUCGCUGGCCCAACACGUGCGAAUCCACACGGCCCAGGCCCUGGUCAUGUUCCAGGCUGACUCGGACUUCUACCAGCAGUACGCCGCUGCUGCAGGAGCCACCGCCGUGGGGGAAGUUGUUACCACAACCUGGCAACCCGCCUCCGAGCAGGUCAUCCAGGGAGGGGAGCUCGUCUUCCACACCCGUGAGGAGGAGGAGGAGGAGGGGGGAGAGGUGGUGGCCCAAGCUGACUCCCAGCCGGAGGGGAAAGAUGAGGCUGGAACAGAGGGAGAAGAGAUGGAGUGUGAGGCUUAGGGAAGAAAAGUACAUUGAAGAACUGAUUAUAUCUGGUGUGCAAUGACACCCCAAGUUACAGUGCGUUGAGUGAGUAAUUAGUCAUCAUUUUUGACCAUUUCCUGCCCUGUGUGGGAAAAGGAAAGUAAGAUUUCUAAUCACGAGUUUACAUAAUCAUUAAUAGAGAUUUAUAGAGAUUUAGCAAAGCAUUGUCAGCCUCUUCUGAAAUAAGUUCCCCUAAUUCUAGAAUCUCUUUAGACGAUAGCAGUAGUAUGUAACAUGCUAUAGUCAAUUUUGCACUGUAUGUUUAAAAUGUAUAUUAUAAAUGUAGAAAUGGGCUAUUCAUUUAGAAAAUCAUCAUGCGGUAUAUCCCAGGGCAGGAAGGUCAGUUGAUACAUCACACCACUUUUGUUUUUCUUCUCACUGACAGUAAAAAACAGAUAGGUAGUAAAAUAUUGCCUACAGAUUCCUGCCUUGUUUUACUGAGAUAGUGUAAAUGUUCCCCUCUUAGUUUAGGUAUUUUAGUAUACUUCAUUGAAGUAUUUUCAUUAAAAGCACAAGUACAUUUACAUUUAAGUCAUUUAGCAGACGCUCUUAUCCAGAGCGACUUACAAAUUGGUGCAUUCACCUUAUGACAUCCAGUGGAACAGCCACUUUACAAUAGUGCAUCUAAAUAUUUUAAG